AUGCAGAAGGCGAUCCAUGAUUCGGCUAUCAGCAGCAUCGAGGAAGGCGAGGCUAAGGCACCCACAUUUGCCGGAGCUAGCCCAGAGCCUUCCAUACCUCCAGGAUCUGCUUUCGACUCAGAGUCGGAAGGUCAGGUUGAUGAUGCUGGAGAGACAGAAAUAGACAUUGCUGACUCUGCUGGAGAUAGCAGGGAGGAUCUUGACUACAUCGCACCAAGCAGUGAUGCCGAGGAUGAGGAUGAGGAUCUUGGGAACGACUCAGACUUUGAUGUCGCAAUGAUUACGGGGAAACUCGGUGGGAUUGAUGCUGGUGAUGAAGGUGCAGAGGAUAUUGGUAUGGAGCCUGCGGGCUUGAGCCGCUCCAUGAAAGGAACAUGGAAGAAAUUCUUGGCUUCAGAGACUGCUAGGAAGGAGAAAAACAAGAAGAACAAGACAGCACUUAAAAGUCAAAUUAUCGACAAACACAAGGAAGCGCUGACAGCGCCAGCACGUGGCGCUUCAUCAACGGCGACGAAAUGCAAGGCCCCUGCCAGCGAAAAACUUGCACAUGAGAACAAGUGUGCGAAGGUGGUGGAGACUGGUGGCUUAAAGCCAGGCUGGAGAAGAUAUUUAGCUCGUUCUGAUAACUCCUCAAAAACCUCACUCACUCACAGUGGGGAAUCAGAUGCGCCAAUUGAAGGGGAAUUUGACAAGGACGAGGGUACUGAAGUAUUGCGCGCUGUGCGUGCAACUCAUCAGACUGACGAUACCCAACGUGAAGGUUUCACUGCUACGAAUCUGGUCAAGAUCAAACCAGUGGGCAUCGUCUUGAAGCCUGCAGUCAUCGCGGAGAUUGAUAAGAAGGAACGCGGAGCUGGGCAUGUGAACAAACAAGCCGCCACAAGCUGGUCGAACAAAGACCUACCUUUCCCAGCGGCAUGGAGAAGGCAGCUUCUUGUCUGGCACCACUCAGAUUUCAAGAGUACGGUAAGGCUGAUCUGGAUGAAGAUUUUUAUUGACCUGCCGGAACUCGACGUUGACGGAAAACUACGAUCUGAGCACCCCGCUAUCCACACUGUGGCCCAGGCGGCACUCCGCACUUAUCGUAGUGACAUUGGUAAAACAGCGCUACGAAUCAUUGACACCAUUUGGGAGUCCGCGGAUAUGGUGGGCAACUACACCACUGUUGAGCGUAGGAAGGCCUGGAUAAAAGCACACCUAAACAACAAGAACUUCUUAUAUCUAGACCCUGAGUCCACAGUGCAUCUGGGCACUUUUCGUGGCCCUCUAAUCACGGAAACAUUUGCCUACCACCUUCAACUCAUCAUAAAAAGUGAGGUGGAUUAUGGUGAGCCCACGGGAGCGCUUGCGUUGUGCACUGCCGCGGUACAGCGGGCACUCACUGUAUGGAAGGAGGGGAUGAACUCACUGAAGGAGCCCGAUGGCAGUGCAUGUCGUGGUGGGGCGAGGAACUUCAAGGAAAGCUUCAAAGAUGAGCCAUGGGGGAAUGAGGCAAAGAUAUACUACAAUCGCACGAAGGGCCUGAAGGAGCCUAAGAACAACAACCUCACGAUCGAUCUGACAGCAGACUCCUCCGAAGGUGGUGCCAACGUUGAUGAUGACAUCCGCAUGUCGGAGGAUGAUGACUGA